AAAGUUAUGUUUCCUUUUAAACUUAAGUCCAUUUCAUUACAUUUGAUCGCUAAUCGACUCAAUACUCAAUGCAAUACUCAAUCCAAUACUCAAUAGUCAGCACUCAUUCAUAUCAAUGACAUAACACUUAACAAGUGUUUGACUUAAACACCGAUUUUAUUAAUAAUUUAUAAAAUUGUUUAUAUUAUUGACUAAACAGAUGUCUUGUAAUGAUUUACUAAUCACUUGUUAAUCAAAAAAUAUUUGAUUAUUGCUUUGUUUUAUCACUUAAAUGACUGAUUGAAGCCAUCAAUGGAUAACUAUUUGGAAAAUUGCAAAAAACAAUUGAAACAAUUAUCUUCGUUGUCCUCACCGGUCGAGUUGGUUGUUGGCAAUGAAAGCUGUGAUUUGGAUUCAGCUGUCAGUGCUGUUGGACUCGCUUUCAUUAAACACAUUGAAUACAAUUCUGGAGAUUAUCACCAAAGACUGGUUGUUCCCAUAUUGAAUGCCACCCGAAAUGAAUUGUCGUUAAAGACUGAAGUGAUCUUUUGGUUUGAAAACUCAGUUCACUUGAAUUGCGAGGAUCUCAUCUGCAGAGAUGAAAUCAAUUGGGAACUGCUUAAGACAAAGAAAGUGUUGAUAACUUUAGUGGACCACAACAGUAAUGAUCAAUUGGCCAGAAUUGGUGAGAUAAUUGAGAUAAUAGAUCACCAUAAAUAUGAUACCACCAAAAGCCUGGUAUCUGAUCCAUCAAAACUGUUGAUUGAUUUGAAUGUCGGUUCGUGUUCAACACUUGUCGCCGAAAAAUUUCUUAAAAGUAAAUUAAGAAAUGAUACACAAUUGGCGCUUAUGUUCUUCGGGACCAUUGUUUUAGAUACCCUUAAUUUCUCAGAUAGUGCUCAAAAAUAUAGUGAAAGAGAUAAAAAUGUUAUCAAAGAGUUAGAGUCUAUAAUUGAGGACAAAUCCAUUUCGCGAUCUGAAUGUUAUAAACAAUUAAGUAAUGCCAAGAACUCGACAAAUCAUCUAACCUUUGAACAGUUGUUAUUUAAGGACAAGAAAAUGGUUGCAAAUACAAGAAUUAUAAUAUCAUCGAUUUCGGGUCAAUUGGUGUCUAAUAUGGAUUUAGAAUCUAAACGAACUUUAUUUUAUGAGUUAUCUUCAAAUGAAAAUUAUCGGUUUGAGGCCAUUAUUCUGUUAGGAAUUGAUAAUACAAAUAAUGAUUGUAUAGGACGUGAUUUGGCUGUAUUUACCAAAAAUACAAGUCUUAUGACAAAGAUUACAUCAAAAUUAGAAUCGGAAAGCAAUGGAUUAGAAUUAAGUUUAGUUAAAGAUUUAAAAGAUUUAAGAAUUUAUAAACAAAACAAUGUUAAGGCCUCCAGAAAGCAAAUAAUGCCUUUAAUUUCAUCGAUUUACGAAACAAACGGAACCGACACAACUAAUGGUACUCACAAUAUAAUGAAUAAAGAAUCAGAGCUUGAAAUACCAAACAUUGAUAAUCAUAAAGUAAAUAAUCCGGAAUCAGUCUAUGGCUCAUAUAUAGAAGAUUCGUUUGUUGGAGAAUUGGUUGGUGAUUAUCCUAACAAUGAUGACAAAGAUGAACACGAUUUAGACCAUCACUGGACUUUAAACAAUGGCAUUGGUAUUAACAAUGAAAUUGAAUUUGAUUUCGACUCAUUUGGUCCCGAAUCGAUUCAACCAGUUUUUACCGAUAAUAAUGAUAUCAACAGAGAGAUAAAUCCUAACGAUAUAAAAGUAAAGUUGUCGUUAAGUGAAGAAACACUAAAUGAUGAAGUUAAUCAAUCAAAUGAAUUACAAACUAAACAAAUAAAUGAACAAAACAAUGAAAAUAGCGAAAAGCAAAUGAAUGGUUCACAAAAUUCUGAAGCUUUUAAUCAAUCGUUUUUAUCGGUUCCCAAUGAUGUCAGUUCUACCUCUGAAUCAGAUAUAAGCCAAACAUUGAGUGAAGAAAUUAGAGAUGAAAUAAACAGCACUCCCUUUAAAAGAAACACUUCAUUAACACAAAGCCAGAGAAAGAAAAUCAGUCCACGAAUUAAUAUUCAGCAGAUUCUUAACUCUUCCGAUGACUUAAGUCCUGGUAUAGUACCGGACGAGUCCAGUGCCACUCAUACUAAUCAUCCACUUUCUAUAAAUGUUGAACCAAUUAGUGCCAAUUCAUUAAAUACCAGUAAUAUUAGUGAUGGAAGUGAAAGUAAAGGUUUAAAUCGAAGGCCGUCCACAACAAAGAAGAAGAUACCGGUUAACAGAGAGUUCUUCAAAAGCGACGAAUUUAAUGAUAAAAGUGGAGACGGAGAAGCAUCACAUAUUGAAGAGUUAAGUGCUCGACAAGAAUUGGAAGAAUCAAGAGCUUGGAAAGAGUCGUGUCCUAUGGGACCUGAAGGUGAUGUCAAACAGAUUGAUAUGAAAGUUAUUGAUCCGUAUAAGAAAGUCAUAUCACAUGGCGGAUACUUUCACUCAAAUAAUACAAUAGGGAAUUGUCAUCAAUCAGGUACGAGUCCAGCAAUAAUAGUAUUUUCUUCUUGUUAUUUACCCGAUCGAAGUCGUAAAGACUACAACUAUGUUAUGGAUCACCUGUUUAUGUAUGUGUUGACAACUUUGCAUAAUUUGAUUGCUGACGACUAUAUCCUCAUAUACUUCCACAACGCUGGUGUCUCUUCUAUGGGCAAUAAUAUGCCAACAUUUGGAUGGCUUAAGAGAUGUUAUUAUAUGAUUGAUAGGAGAUUGAAGAAGAAUCUAAAAGGAUUGUAUUUAGUGCACCCGACCUUCUGGUUGAAGACACUUAUUAUUAUGAGUAAACCAUUUAUAAGUUCAAAGUUUUCGAAGAAAUUGAAAUUUGUGUCCACUUUGGCUGAAUUGAGUGCUUUGUUGCCUAUAGAACACAUAGCAAUACCAGAAGCAGUCAAAACGAUUGACACACAAGUAAUGAGUAGACAAAGAAAAAGUCGUCGAACUACACAAUAAUAGAUUUAAUUAUAUUUAA